AUGCCUCAGCAGCAUCUGCAGAACGAGGAGAAGCGCCGCCAGGCUGAGAUUCAAAAGCAGCGCCGCCACGUCUGCCCCGUGUGUGACAAGCGCUUCAAUCGCCCCAGCUCGCUCAACACGCACAUGUCGGUGCACACCGGUGCCAAACCCUAUCAGUGUCUCCGCGAGGGAUGUGGCCGCCGCUUUUCGGUCAGCUCCAACCUCCGUCGUCACGAGCGUCCCCAGCUCGACUACGCCAUGCCCUCUGCCGGCCUGCGUGACUACGCUGUUGUCGGUUCGGGCGUCAACGCCAACACCAAUGCCGGUGCCGGCGCAAGCGGCACCACGCCCGCCAUGAACAUGGGCAUUGUCGCACCCCCUCGCCGCGAGUCGGCCCCUUCCUAUUAUCAGACCACCCCUGCGCCGUCGCCCACCCCGCCUCAGCUGUUCCAGUCGCACAAGUCGAUGUCUACUUGAGCUGCGCCCGACCGAUUUUUCACCCACACUCAUACCCAUGUGGCAAGAACACUACCCGUCGAUCGAUUACCAUCUUCCGUUGGCGUCUUCCCAUCUGCCUUCAUUUUAUACGACUGA